AUGAGAAGAUUUAUUUAAUCUAAUCAUAUCUUAAUUGAGUUGAUAUUGUUGUCCAUACUAAUCCCUUCCUGUUAUUCAAGCAAUAAUUUGAGAAGACAUAUAGAAUGUAUUUUAAUAUAUUACAUAUUAGGGCAUCAGAUUGAGCAUCAAUCUACAUCAUUUUCUCAAGUAGAGAAUACAAUAUGUUACAUAUUUGGAUUCAUAAGUAUGAUUUUGGCUCUUUCUAUUUUGUGGCACAAUGAAAGAAGGUUUUUAUUUAUAAAAUAAUAUAAUAGAAAUGCAAUUACAGAAUAUAGAUUAGAAGAAGCAAAGAAAUUAUGUACUUCAGUCAAUUCACUAGAAGUAAAUCCUAAUACUAAUAAUUAAUUAAUUCACACAAAUGGUAAAACAUCAUCUAUAUCAUUUUAUUAGGCUUGAGUUAAACCUCUGAUCUAAUUGUUGAUGCUGCUUUUGGUUUGACUUUAAAAGAUUGCGUUAAGCUAGUUAGAACAGUCGAAAUGUAUUUAUGGGUAGUGAUAGAAUCUCAAAAUGAUGAUGGAUCAACUAGUGUUUCUGUUUUUUAGGAAUGGAGCACAGAUUUCUGUGAAAAUUGUGGAACUUGCAAAAAUGAUAAAACUAAAUGGAUUGUAGAAAAAGAGACAUAAAUUAAUUAGAAUGUUCGCAUAGGUGCUUAUUUAAUGAGCAAAUCUUUAGCAUUACAAACAAAUGCAAAUUAAAGUAUUAUAAUGACUAAUAAUAAUGCUUAAGCAGCUGCCUAUUUCUAUGGAUAUUCAAAAGGAUUUGAGAAUUUGUAACACUUAUUAAUAUAUUAGUGAACCAAAUGGAAAAUAUUUAUAUUUCUAAUAAAAUAAAGGAACUUUAACAAUGAAUGAUUUAAGAGUCUCAUUUGAUUAUUCAAAAACUGGUCCUACAACAGUGGUUUCUCAAUAAUAUAAUGAUUCAUUUACUUCUUUUGUAGUUCACGAUAAAUUUGAUGAAACUGUGGCAAGAGAUAUAAAUUUUGAUUAAAUGUAAUUCUCUUUUGUUAAUUGCUGUUGUUGUUGUUGCAAGUUCUUUAGAGCAAUCGAUCAACCCCUAACUGAAAUAGAUUGGAUAUUUGAUUCAAUUAUGACAUAAAAUCAGGUUUUUAAAAAAAAAAUAAAUUAUGAUGCAUGUGUCGCAUUGAUAAAAAGAAUUCUAGCAUACUUAAUAAUGGUAAUAUAUUUUAUUAAUUUUAUAUAGGGAAUUGCAUUUAGCUUGUUAUUCUAUCCUAAUUCAUGGGUAGUUUCAUUGUCCCCUUUGGUUGGAUACUUUUUAGCUUCACUCACUGGAUAUGUCUAUAUUUUAGCCAGUUUUAUAAUAACUAUUCCAAUAAACGUAUUAAUUAUAGGCUGUGUUUGGUUAAGGUAUCAACCAAAAUAAGGAAUUGCCUUUAUUGUAUUUUCUGCUUUAAUUGGAGUAGCAAUAUCUUAUUACAUUCUAAGUUAUAGUUGA